CACCCCGAAGCUACCAAGAAGCAUGUGCAGGGUCUCUUCUUCGGCUUUGAAGUUCUGCAAGUCACCAUGUUGAACAGGAAAGGCAGGGCGGUCGUGUUUCUUAGCGACGCUGAGGAACAACGUGCUGCUGCUGAAGCUCUCAACGGAAAGUCGGUUCUUGAUCGCAAGGUCUUCGUCAAGCUUCAAUACCCAAAGAGAUGAGACAUUCAAAUGUCCGCUGCUAAGGCAUAUGGUACUCAUGGGUAUACAUAUGUAAUUUUGCCUGCUUGACCUCGCUGGCUGAUCUUGAGAUAGCAUAAUUGCUGCCUGAUUCCACUGCACUACACAUAAGGCAGUUUUCUCAAAUUGUCUGGAAUUUCAAAUAACCGAUUGAUAUAUUACGAGGCUGAGAUGCAAGCUGACGUGGCGAAAUAUCAACUUCACAGGGCUAUAAAGAUAUGUAGUCCCCUAGCUAGCGGCUGCCCCGCAUCAACUAAGAUAUCAUGUUCUACUCUACUCGCAACCUGCUUCUUGUGCUUUGUCUUUUCCAUGUGACUCUGGCAACAACAUUCCACCCCAACUGUACCAUUCCCCCCGAAGGUUCAAAUUAUGUCGCAGAGCCUAAUGUUCGAUCAACAUUCAAUAUUUUGUGGAACGCUCUUUACACAAUCUUUGUUUGCACAUGGGUUAUUCAGCACCUUAACGUACCAGCUCAGAACCCAAGGAUACCGUUCUUAUCGUCCUUCUGGAGUCACUUGAAAUGGAUGCUAGUGACUAUAAUUUUGCCAGAGUAUUUAGUCGGCAAGGCAUUCGGUGACUGCAUAGCUACUCGCAGAUUCAAAAAUGAUAAUGACGAAAAGCUGAAGGAGUGGUCGGUAACGCAUGCCUUUUACGCGAAUUCAGGUGGCUUUUUGCUCGAGUUCCCGACAAGAUCAAAACCUACCGCUAUACAUACGACACAACUUAGCUACCUGAUCAAGAAAAAAAUUAUUGACUCCACACCUCCCAUCAGCAAGCCCGGAAUAAAAGAGAAGGGGCAGGGCGACUUCUUCGCCAAAUUAACAGCAAUGCUCCAGUUACUCUGGCUCGUUGUUCAACUCAUUACUCGAAAAGUUCGAAAUCUUCCUACAGCUAAAAUCGAAAUCUCAGCUCUCUCCUUCGCACUUUGCAGUUUUGUCACAUAUAUAUUCUGGUUUUGGAAGCCCCAGAAUCCCAAGAUCCCGACCUACAUUUCCCUUAACCACGUUGGCGUCUGGGAAAACGAUAUCUUCAAAUCUGAAGAACUGCCGACCUUGAAUAUCCAAAGCUAUCUGGACCUACCCCGUGAGGAGUUUAAGGACCUGACUGAUGCUGAUGAACUAAAGAUCCGAAGUCUUAAGAUGUACUUGGAAAGGCUCGUACCGGGAUGCUUUUUCACACAAGCCCUGUUUACCUGGAAGGACAGCCGCGAAUUAGCAGAAAGGUUUCCAAACGACCGUUACAACUGGCAUUCUUGGCUAUGGAUGCAUCAACACGGAGACGAUUUGAAGCCUGUAAUUCCAAAUCCCCACGAGAGAAAAGAAGCCUAUUUCAACUUCAAGGGCGAAGACAUUGGGUUCAUAAUCGGUAGUGUCAUUCUAGGUGCAUGUCACGCCAUUGCGUGGAACUUCGAUUUUCCUACUCCGAUUGAGCGAACCCUUUGGAGAGUUGCUAUCAUUGUAGUCAUUACUGUUAUGCCGGUCUACUACUUGCUUUGGGUAGGGUAUUACUUCUUACAAAUUGGUCUGGACAUUGGCGGUAGUGCGGUUGACAUUACUCUAGCAUGGUUGGCUUUUAUUUCAUUUGGGCUCGCCAGACUCUAUCUUCUAGGAGCGGCUUUCCGGGACCUGUUUCAUCUUCCGCCAGAGGCUUUCAUCACGACAUGGGCGGCUUCGUUUCCUAAUUUUGGGUAA